AUCUGUUGCUCCUGAUUGUUCAAUACAUGUUAUUACUCAAGUAAAAAUGUGUUUGUGUAUGUAUGUUUAUUUUAUUAUUAUAUUCACAUGGACCUAGUGAUUGGUAAUUUAAAAACUACAGCAUUGGCACAACUUCUACUAGUCUUCAAAAUGCAACGUCUUGGAGUUCAUUAUGAAGUUCAGUAGUGCUUCCUAUAGUAAAUGAUGAACAUGUUUCUCACCAGUCAAACAGAUGGAGAUGUGGGUGGGCAUGUAAACCUAAUGGUCAGUGGUCUACCUGUACCGAUCCUGUUCACUGUGCUUGUCCCCUCCUGCAUAAUCAUGGUUUAUUUAAAGCUGUAUAACAGUGUUAGGGCUGUCUCAAAGAUUGCAAGCCUUAAAAUUCGGAUUCAAUUUUCAAAAAAUGCAGUAGUAAAUUUAUGCCAGAGAAAACACAAUGCAAGCCUCGCAAACUGUAAUGUUUAAGUUGAUAACACACUUAUUAUCCUGCAUUUUUCUCCAUUUAACACCAUGAAACGAAAAUAACGAGCCAUUCUAACGCAACCUUCCGUUUAUCCCAGUUCAAACCGAGAGUUAAAUAUUUUCGAGUAACGAUAACGUUAAACGCAUUCAUAAAGAUGGUCUUCUGUGUAGUAGAGCGUGCACUGUUAGACGAUUAGCAUUAAGGAGACCGCAUGGUCACGUGAUGCUACAACGUCACAUGUAGAUCAGGGGGGGAAGAUGGCGGCCGCCGGAGGAGAACCUUCUACCGAAAAUGUGUCGGAUGAAUUGUUUCAAAACUUUUACACGGAGGUACGAUACAUCUUAUGUGAAGCAGAUCGAGAAGAGAGACUCCGUGUUAACCUCCAAGCAGCAGAUUGAACGACUGCUCAGACCUGGAGCAUCCUACUUCAACCUCAAUCCUUUUGAGGUGCUGCAAAUUGAUCCUGAGGCAACAGAUGAUGAAUUGAAGAAAAGAUUUCGGGCGUUGUCCAUUUUGGUCCAUCCAGACAAAAAUCAGGAUGAUCAACUCAGAGCACAGAAAUCCUUUGAAGCUGUGGACAAAGCAUACAAACUCCUCCUGGAACCAGAACAGAGGAAGAGAGCCUUAGAUGUGGUCCAUGCGGGACAGGAAUAUGUGGAGCAUAACGUAAAGGAGAAAAAGAAACAGUUGAAGAAGGAUGGGAAGUCAUUGGAUGUGGAGGAGGAUGACCCUGACAUGUUUAAGCAGGCUGUGUACAAACAGACCAUGAAGCUGUUCGCAGAGCUUGAAAUCAAGAGGAAGGAAAGGGAAGCAAAGGACAUGCACGAAAGGAAAAGGGCGAGAGAGGAAGAAAUCGAGACGGCAGAGAAAGCAAAGCGGGACAGAGAAUGGCAGAAAAACUUUGAGGAAACGAGAGAUGGGCGUGUGGACAGUUGGAGGAGCUUCCAGGCCAAAGGCAAAAAGAGCAAGGAAAAAAAGAACAGGUCCUUCCUCAAGCCCCCGAAAGUCAAGAUGGAACAGCGGGAAUGAUGCCGUAAAAUGGGACUUUUAGAUUAAACCCACUGUUAUGAAAAACCCCAGUUCUGUGUCCUCAUCUCGUCGUCUGCAGUCCACUGUGAAGUCGUCAUCACAGUCAUUGGGAUACUUGUCGUGCGAAAACUUCCUCAUCCUGACAAACGUAGUUUUGUACUUGGUUUUUCUAAUGUACAUAUUUGUGAUCGGGACCCAGAGAUCACACCUGCCUCAUGUAAGAAAGAGAAAUUAUGGAUCUUCCUCUUCCAUAACUGAUGAGAAAAAUGUGGUUUGUUUUUGUUUAUUUUUUUUAACUAAAUAAAGCUUGGUGUUAAAAAGCCUACGUUACACUGGUCUUCAAAGCUGAUUCUAACGUGUGUAGGAGUCAAACAGGUAAGUAUGACUAGAUUUGGGAGAUGAUGUCUAAAGGUAUGAGGCAUUCAUUUUGAGAAUCUGGUUGUAAUUACAGAUACUACCAAGCAGAUGCAACACUGACCGGUUUUACACGCACCACCUAUGCUGUCAGAUCGGAGCAGAAUAGGAAGAUAUUUCUGGACCGUCCUGCAGUUCACAGAAAUAUAAGUCAACAGUAUAAAUGCAGGUUUUGCAUUCUGUGUCCUAGUUCUGCAUGUCUUGAAUGUAUUCAUUUAAAUACUGUCAAUGAAAACAUCCGACUGGUGUUUGUUGCACAGAGCUUCCUAUUUAUGUUGAAUAAAAUCCAAUUACCUGUUAAGUUUCUGCUUUGGAUUUCAAAUAAAACAUAAUGAAAGCAGCUCAGUGAGAACACUGGAUCAAUAAAACUCAAGGCCAACAUGUCCCAUUU